GUGAGGGCUAGAGUGCCUUGCAAACACACAUUAUGAUCAGGAAAUGAAUUUUCGAACUUUGGCGAACCACUGAACUAGCCGAAGUUCCGAUAUUUGUUCAAUUGGGCAAACUUGAUCUGGUGUUAUUUUCUAUACCAUUAUCCUUUUCCACUGAUUCCUGCAUUGAUCAAAGAUCAAUCUGUAUAUUAGCUCCAUGAUCAAAGCAGGGCAUGCUAGCAUCAACUGGACUAUAAGUAUAUACCCACAUUUCCGCCUUGAUAUGAUCUAUAUUAUGAUGGACCUAUGUGAUCUACUCCACGACUCUCGGGAUGUUCGAUGGGGUAUGUGUUUGCAGUGCUGUUAGCCUAUACAGCUUGAUCCUAAAGGUAAACUGGGAUAUGGAUCCGUGUGUCAAUGGCAGACAGUGACAUUGGAUGAUGCAAUUUAGACAAUAAGAAAAAGUGAAAGAGGGAGAAGAAAGGGGCUUUCUACGACCACCAUGGGCUAUUAAAUCGAUUUUUUCCAAGUUCAGGUGAUGCAGGAUUUAACACUGUCAAGCUGCCAAGUCGAAAUCUGCAGGAUAGCCCUGCAUGCUUUGCAACAUAAUGAUUCGAACCGUUCGGAGAAAGGGAACCAUCUGCCAUCAGCAUGAUCAGGCAAAUCUUGACUACGAUCCUGUUCAAGCGAAUUUACAGGACAUUACCCAGAUGGAUGCCGACAACAAGAGCGACAGUGUCGACAGAUCAUCUGAGACAUCAUGGAAAGUUAUUCUCAAGAGAUUAUUCUACAAUCAUAGAGGUGUGAUCUGGGCCAUUAUAUCCGUCUGUGUCGGUACAGCAAGCGUCGUAUGUAUCAAACUCCUGGCAGGAAAAGUAGCAGCUACCCAAAUACUCUUCUUUCGGGGGCUGGCCCAGGUGAUAUUCUCUUUGCCACACCUUAUGUUUUAUAAGAUUUCGCUUCGGUUCCCUGUGAAAAUAGCGCUGUUGAUAUUGGUGAGGGCAUUGGUCGGAUCGCUAAGUGCCCUCCUAAACUACUUCGCCUUCCAGGUUAUCCCAGUUGCAACAGCUAAGGCGUUGCUCUACGGUUCGCCUCUCUUCACUGGCAUCUUUGCCCGGGUAUGUCUUGGAGAACGUUGUUCCGUUCCAAUCGUGUUCUUCGCCUUUCUAACCGUCAUAGCUGUCACUCUAGUCGUUCAACCAUCAUUUAUAUUUGGCGGCGGUGAAAUCGUACAAUCGAGUGGAGUAAUAUGCGCAAUUGUAGGUGCCGCUGUCUUGGCUAUAAACACAAUCAUCUUACGAUUCAUGCAAAUUUUACGUAUUGAUGCAUUCGCCAUCAUUUUCACCUACGGGCUCAUUGCCAUGUUCUGCAGUAGUGUCACAUCCAUAACACUUGGUGAGUGGACAAACCCUCAUUGUGGGAUCGACCGUUGGUUCGUAAUAGGCCUGGCGAUAUCAGGAUUCCUAGAGCAAGUCUCAGUUACACUAGCUCUGAAGACCGAACCAGCACUGGUUGUUUCCAUUAUCCGGACGAAUGAUGUUUUCCUCUCUUUCGUGUUUGACUUGUUCAUAUUCGACAUCAUACAUAAUGCAUGGACCAUCGUCGGAGCGGUUUUAGUUGUCGGAAGUGCCGUUGGGAUGACGAUAUCGGCAAAUCAUGAACAAAAGAAACGGAUGAAGGAGGAGGAGGCCGAAGAGGGAGAUCAGGCAUCAUAAAACCUUCGGAGGGCGCCGUGCCGCUCCAUGACGUCCUUCCAUGGUUAUUUUUUUACUUUCAUUUUUUUUCUCAAAUAGGCCCUAUGCCUAUUACAAAUUCCGUGUGUUCCACCUUCAGGUCGUAUUUAUGUAAAAACAAAACAAAAAAACAAUCAGAUACUCAGAGUAAUCAUAGCUAUUUUCUUUGUGGUUGUAAUAUUUAUCAAUUGAACUACACGUCCAAUGCUAUUAUGCAGAUAUGCUGAUCUGUAUUGAUUGAUUGCCAUUAUAAUUGGUGUUACUUUGUCUACCUCAUAUUUGUAUUUGUAUUUUUGUUAAGCGAGAAUCAGUUUUCAACUAAGUCUACUGGACAAUAAAUCAAAUUAAUUUUUCAUUCCCUCUCUCUCAAAAGCUCUGCAGUGUCGGCCAUGAAUGAAAACUAGUCACUUUUGACAUUGUGACUGUCGCGGCCGGUCGAGCAUGUCUGAAGUAUUGCCACCGACCCGUUGCAUAAAACGUUUGGCUAUGAAAAAAACUCUGGCAAACAAAAUUAUGCCAUUGAAACUUACACAUUAAAAAAAUCUGGCAAAAAUUUGCCAGAGUUUUUUAAGACAAAAACUUUAUGCAAUGGUCCCAGUAUGAUUGUGACGUCAUCUCCGAUUAAGCUCUUUAUGGGCAGAAUAAUAGGUUUAUUUCCAAUUCGUCUAAAUGCCAAUUGCCAACUCGUCUACCAUCAUUUGGUCUACCAUCAGUUCCUCCACUCAACACAUGGUCUACUUUCAUUUAGUCUAAUGCCAUUCCGUCUAAUAACCAGUUGGUCCUAUAGCCAUUUAGUCCAUAUACCAUUUGGUCUAAUUAGACCAAGUGUUAUGAGACGAAAUGGUCAUAGACGAAAUGGUGAUUAGACGAAGUGAUGUUUGACCAAAUGGUUAAUGGACCAAAUGGUUGUUAGACGAAAUAUUGAUGGACGGAAUGGCAUUAGACGAAAUAUUGAUGGACGGAAUGGCAUUAGACGAAAUGAUAGUAAACCAUGUGGUGUGUGGACCAGUUGGCAGUAGACGAACUGGCAAUUUACCGAAUAAUAGUCAUCAAAUUGGAAAAAAAACAUGUUGGUUUUGAUAAACAGACGGCUUCUGGCAGCUUCGUCAAAAUCAAAUGUAAAAUAAGGAAACUGUGGCGUCUUCAGCCCCCAUCACACUUAUUCGGAAUCAAGCAGAAGAUGGAACGAAAAAAAAUAUUCAAAAAAUCUAGAACUUAUGAAUUCACCAAACUGGAGUUGAAAUUUUGACCAGGUGAAUCAUCAUACACUAGUCAAAAUGAACCGCAAUGGAGUCAGAUUGAUAAUUCGUGCUACAUUCUUGGACAUUCUAUGCGGCGCAUUCUAAAUAUUCUGACUGCAUUCUGAGUGUAUUCGAAAUAUUUUUGUCGUUUCUUUUGGCCGUCCCGAAGGUUUUGGUCAUAUUCAAAACAUUCGAGGGGUAUUUUCGAACGGUGUUCGAACUUUGUUCGAAGUAGAUUUAAAUGACCAACUAACUGGUGGUCGAACAAUAGUCCUUUCAUUCCGGCCAAUUCUGCUUGAUUCGGAAUAAGUGUGGGGAAUGAAAGCAUGUCUAAUUCAUUGAAUGUGCAUUAUUGGGAGUAUAAUCUCCCGUUGCUCUCCUCCUAUUAUACAUUGUAAUUUAGACAUUUUUUUCUUUCCGUUGAUAGUUUAGAGGUAUUUCAAAUUCUAUAAUUUUAGUAUGUCAUUAAUCAUGUCUAUUGACUCAUUCAAGGGAACCUUCAUAAGCAAACUAUGCUUUUCAGUUGGUUCCCUUUUCCUUUCUUAUUUUCUUACGUAUCGCCUAAUUUUAUUGUUGUAAAUAUGAAGUGUAAUAUAUUCUACUUCAAUCAAUCUAUCUAU